AUGGCCUCCAGGCCGGGAUCGAGCUCGGGCUCGAACCGCCAUCGCUCCAGAGAGCCCCCGGACGACUUCCCCCCGCUCUCCGCACCCCGGCUACCUCCUCUGCGCAACAUCCACGCCCCCCGGGACCGAGAUCUCGCGUCGCCCGCAACCACCGGUCCCCCUCCGUCACGGCGAUUCUGGUCCACGGCGUCCCGGCGGGCCGAGCGCAUCCACUCUCUUGACGAGCAGUCCCUGAGCUUAGAAGACUUGGACCACGCCGUGCAUCAGACAUGGCUUGGCCUCUCGCAUCGCAACCCCCGAUCGCGCGCCGUCGACCACCAGCGCCCCAACUUUGAGGAGUUGGAUCAGACCCUCGACGAGGCCAACACGCAGCUCAGGUCCCUGCUCGACAUGACCAACCAUAUCAACCUCAUGACCCCAUAUAUCCGCACCACCUUCUCGCCCACUCUGCGGCCCCACGACUUCCCCGACGACAACCGGAGGAGCAAACGCCGCAAGCUGGAUGCCGACCGGUUGGUGCCGAGCUUCAAGGGCUUCCGAUACGGCAAGUACGGCCAGGUCGAGCCGGGUCAGCUGCACAUGGAGAUUGUGAGCUGUGACGGUGGCCUGUUCUCCAACGAGGAGUCGUACGCCGCCGACAACAUUCUCAAAAACGAUAACUCUGUAUACUGCACCAAGGGCAGCCGCUGCAACAUUGUCCUGCGCCACCGGGGAGCCACCGUCUUCACUCUGCGCGAGCUGGUCAUCAAGGCUCCCGGGUCCAUGAACUACUCGGACCCAGUGCGAGAGGGCAUGGUCUUCAUCGCCAUGGACCAAGACGACGUGCUCAGCCGGACGGCGCAGUACCAGAUCCAGCACUCCCUCGAGCGCGACUCUCGCCGCAUCAUCUCCAUCCGGCGCCACGACGACGGUUCCACCAGCUCCAGGGCGAGGAGGUCGUACGUCCUCCGCGGCGACGACGAAGACUCGGAGCACCGCACGCCCCAGAUGCCCCAGGAGUUUUCCCACAACCUGCCGGACCUGCGCGUCACGACCGAGUGCAGCGAUGACGAGGACGACGACUACGACGUGUCGCAGGUCUUCCGCCGCGCCCCCAACCGCAUCGGCUCCCUGCCCUUUGAGCACCCCGACUCGGACUCGGACGACGCCAACCCCUUUGGCUCCGACGACUUUCUCGACGGCUCCCUCCGCCGGCCCCGCCACCACCAGCACCAGCAUCAGCACCAGCACCCCCACCGCGACCGCGCCGAGCGCCUCAGCCUCUCCCUGGCCGAGGCCUGGGACGCCCACGCAAACGCCACCCAGGAGGCCGUCCGCGCCGUCGGCGGUGAGCUCCUCGCCCCGCACGCCCGCUUUUUCAUCGAGGAGAAGAAGAGCAAGUGCACCAUCCGCUUCGACCCCCCUGUAUCGGGCCGCUUCAUCCUCCUCAAGAUGUGGGGCUCCCAGCAGAAGCCGGCCAGCAAUAUCGACAUCCAGUCUGUCAUUGCCCGCGGCUUCGCCGGCCCGCGCUACUUUCCCUCGGUCGAGCUGAGCUGA